UUGCGAAACUACCUGAGGUCCUCGAUGAGUUCACAUCCUGAUUAAUCCCUAUAAAAAGCGAAAAUUAUUCAAUCGUUCAUCAGUUCAGUUUUGAGGAUCACAGAAUCGCCACAGCCAACAAUGCGUCUCAAUGUGUGUGUCUUAGUGUUGUUGCUGGCAGUUGCUUUAGUUUGGGCUGGCCCAACACCCAAAGCUGCACAAAAGAAGUCAUUGGAAGAUCCCAAACUCGAGUCUAAGAAGCAAGAACUGAACAUUGAAGAAACAGGCGAGGAGAAGGAUAGGACCAAGAAGUCUGCAAAUUUCUGCGUUGAAAUCAAGCAAGGUUCUUCUCAAGUAACGCAGGUUCCUUGCAAGACUGUUCAAACUCCAGCUCAAACUGUAGCUCAAACUGCUGCUCAAACUGCUGCUCAAACUGCUGCUCAAAACACUCUUCUGACCAUCCAAAGUGAACCUGCUGCUCAGACGAUCCAAACUUUGAACGUCGCUCAACCAUCAUUUGUUCAGUCAGUGCCUCAGUCGAACAUAGUCCUUCCUCGACAGAUACUGCAGCCUUACCAAACCUUUCAAAUAGUUCAAUCUGCUCUUCAGCCAUGUUCUCAACCGAGUCCAUCCGUAAACAUUGUUCAGCCAAUUUCCCAGUCACAGGUUAUCCAGGAGACAUCAAAACCAAAACCAAAACCAAAACCAAAACCCACUCCAAACACCAUUCAGACCACUAUGGAGCAACCUAAACCUGCACGUAUUGAACAAUUCUCUGAGUCACUUCCAAUACCGCAAGAGACCUUAACCGUGUUGCCAGUUAGUUCUUCUUAUCAAGAACCUGUAAUCACUGUACCGUCCAGUCCUAUGAUUAUAUAUCCUAAGCCAGAACCAUCACAAUUAGCCAGUAUUAUUGAAAUUCCAUCGGUAUCUCCUUGCAACAACCCCCUGCAUGGAGUUUUGACUCCGUGUACAUGUCAGAAUAACAUGGCUAUAUUGAGUGAGUCUAGUAUGGAGCCCAUGGCCAUUAAAGUAGUGUCUGCUCUUCCUUACUCAUCACCGUGUGCAAGAUCUUCGUCUUCAAUGGUAAUGCCAUACAAUGCUCACAUGGUGCCUCACAUCUUAGCACAUGAUCACAUGGACAAGGCCCGACAUCAUGUAAAAUAUCAUGCCCAUAUCAAAUCUGAUCUUCCAUAUUCAUCGUUCCUGCCCCAAAAUAAUUUCCAAAAUGUCUAUGAAAAAACAGUCCCCCUUGCAGUAGAAACCGUACCGGUCAAUCAAUAUGCCGCUAAAAAUAUAAUACUGGAUCAUCCGCACGAAACUCCAGGAAUCACCAUUAACGCUUACCCCCACGUCUUAAGAGCGGCUAAUCCAAUGAUGGGAUCUCGAUUCCUUACAAACAAAGAGACUGUUGAGAACAGUCCACUGAUGUCCGGAACGAAUGAUUUUAUGCAGUCCAAUAAGGCACCAAGAGAAAUCAGCGCAAAUGAAUUUUUACCUGUGAAGAUGGAAGAAACUAAACAAGAGAAUGAACGAGGCGAUACAAAAAGUUAUAAGGCAACAGCUAAUUAAUGAAAUGUAGUAUGAAUUAGUUUUUGUAUUUUUGUACUUGUCACAAUCAAGUUUGUCAAAAGAUACCUUGUACUAUUAAAAAAGGAAUAAAUUGUGUCCCAUUAUCAAUAAG